AUGCUAUUGCACUUUCUGCUGAUCAAUCAUAAUAUAUCCAGUGAAAAUCAAGACAAUGAAUUGUUCAACCUCACUCUAACCACCAAUAGUCCAGGAUUACAGUACGAGAUAUUAGGGGAAGGUAAAUUAUGUAAAAGUAGUUGGACCAUUAAUACAUUCAUAGAUUUAAGAUAUUUAAUAAAUAGCCAUAGUGAUAUAAGGAAUAUGUUAAAAACAAUUGAUACAUAUGCAAUUAAUGACAGUUACCAAAUGGCUAGGUAUAGAAAAAAGGUUAAGCGAUCAUUUGAGUCUGGAGGUUCGGCACUACAGUGGAUGUUCGGUAUUGCCGAUGCUGACGACGUACGGAGGUAUGAUAGUUCGAUUAACAAAUUAGAGAAUGAUCAAAAAGAUAUGAUACACAUAGUUCAAGACCAAGUCUCUAUUUUAAGGAGCACAGUGACAAAUUUCAAUGAAACCAUAACAACAUUUAAUGAGAAUAAAUUAUUAUUUGACAAAAAUAUUAAAAAAAUUGAAACCUCUAUUAACAACAUAAAUAUUGAAUAA